GAAGGAUAAAAAAUUGGAAAUGGAGAGAGCCCAAAAAGCCGUAGCGAGUAAGAAAGCGAUUUCCUUUGCCCCGCCUCUGAGAUUUCCUCACAUCUCAAUCCAAGAAGCCAGAGAUAGAGAUAAAACAAAAAAAAAAAAGAUUUGAGUUUGAUUGAGUUGUGAAAAUUGAAAUGGGGGUCUUCUCCAACAAGAUCGACAAGGACCAAUUGAAACCAGGCGAUCACAUCUAUUCAUGGAGGCACGCCUAUCUCUACGCCCAUCACGGAAUAUAUGUUGGUGAAGGAAAGGUGAUCCACUUCACUCGAGGAGGUGGGCAGGAAAUUGGCACGGGAACCUUUCUGGACCGCAUCAUAUUCAGCUCGUCUCCAUCCCAUUCCGUGGACAAUCCAUGCCCUAGAUGUGGUGAUCAAUCUAGGCUUAGCGGCGUCAUAUGUUCUUGCCUAGAUUGCUUUCUCUGGGGUGGAGAACUCUACCUCUUUGAAUAUGGCGUCAACCCAGCUUUCUUCAUCGCCAAAGCUCGUGGAGGAACUUGCACACUUGCACCUUCCGACCCCCAGGAGGUUGUUCUCCACCGCGCCUCUUACCUCCUCCAGAACGGCUUUGGUGUCUAUGAUAUAUUCAAGAACAACUGUGAAGACUUUGCUAUAUACUGUAAAACAGGCUUGCUUGUGUCCACUACGUUCAGUGUGGGCAGGAGUGGGCAGGCUGCAUCCUUUGUGGCGAUGGCGAGUUCCAUCAUUUCUUCACCGCUCAGGUUUUUAACCACGAGUUGCUCUGGCCUCGCUGCUGUGGGGUGUGGCAUGUAUUGCAUCAAUCGGUUGGUCUCUGAUAUUGGAGUUCGACGUGAUGUUACUAAAGUUUCAGUCGAGAGACUUGUUGCUCACCCUGGUUUAGUCUCCGAGGCUUCAACUGAAACUGUUAAAGACUAAUUCUUCAUUUAUUUGGGACAGUGGACCACCAAAAGACCCUUUCUUUUUUUUUUUUUUUUUAAAUUUUAUUGUAAGUGUGAGAUUGUGCCUUUGGAUUGUUUCAAACUUGGUGUAAACAUUCUACUAUUGCUUGUCUUGUCA